AUGGAACAAAUGAGUACCCUUAAUACGACAGAACCUAUUGAUAAUGAUAAUUUAAAUAUUGUUAUUCGUCCAUUACCACCACGACGACGUCAAAGUGGUAUAUCAUUAGUACCAUUUCGACCUUAUGUUAAAUGUUUAACUAGUGUACGAAAAUCAUUUUCAUUUGCUAAUGGAAAAGAUCCAUGGAUGACUAUUGGAGAAACAGACGCAUUUUUUAAACAAGAAAAUGCAAGAUGUAUUGGUUCAUUAAUUGAUGAUUGUGAUACAUCGGAUGUUAUUCGAUGGGAUAUUCCAGGAGAAUCCACUCGUUUACCUAUGAUGUGCAAAUUGUGGAUAAUUGCUGAUGGUGCUAUUGUCGAACGAGGAAAACCACAUUUAGUUCAAGAUGCAGCUAUUCAAGUGUUUACAGCAGGUCGUAAUCGUCGUUCAAUAUUAGCAACUGAACAACGAUAUAGACAAACAUCCGUAUCAACAUUUGAUCGACGUCGUCGUCAUUCCUGGUAUGAUGUUAAUGAAUAUCAUAGUGUACCAUAUUAUCAAUAUACGCGUUCUGUUCGAUCUGGAAAUGAAGAAGGUGUUCAAUGUGAUAUGGAUAAUGAACAUUUAAUAAGUAUACAACAUUGUCUUCCAUUCGUUAAAGAAGAAACAGUUGAUGAACAUCAAUCAACACGUAUGGAAGAACAUUAUGCUGAAGAAACAGUACAUUAUCAUCGAAUACCAGAACAUCGAGCUCAUGUUUCAAUAAUAACACAAACAGAACGUCAAUCUCUUAAUAAAUCAACAGAAACUGAUUAUGAAUUCAUUAAAUUAUUUAAUCUUGAUUUAGAAACAAAUAAAAAUCUUCUAUCAUCUAUUGUAAAUCCAUAUGUUCGUACUUU